AUGAGCAAAAAUUUAGAAAGUCUAUUGAAUCAUCAAAGCGUAUUGACCACUCCUAUUGUGAGGAAUAGAAAGGUCGAGUGCUCCAUUAAUAUGCAAUUUAAAAAGUUUUCUUAUGGUCUUCCUCUUGUGGCCACAGAUGUGAUUACUGUCCAUCCCUUGGCCAGAGAUGUUUUACUGAAUGAAUUGAGAGGAGGAAGCUUUCAUGAAGGGCCAUUCGUUGCUCACAACUCAAAGGAUGCAUUCUCAGUGGAGACUGAUAUUGAUGAGGAAACUUUCGAUACCAAAAUUCUUAAACAUCGAAAAACUAUUCGAUAUAGAAUUAGUGUCGACUUGUUGAGCAAUUUGUUUUAUGGUGUGGAGGAGCCUCAAAACUCGAUAUUUGCCUACAUUUUCCAAUUAGAUGAACCUAACAAGUUGACUCUCUUUAGCACUGAAAGUAUGAAAGGAAAGAAAACUAGAAAUGUCAUCAAGUUUGACAUAUUCAAGAAGGUGAAGAUUUCAUCAGUGUACAGCAAUUUCAUGAUUGGAAUAAUUGUACUCACAAAUAGUGGUGGUGCUGAUAAGAAUGCUAAGAUGCAUAUUUUGAAUGGCAUGACAGUUUUUUCUCGAAUGAUUGAUAAUGAAAAGAAGAGAAGAGAAAUGUGUGAAUCACCAUUCUCACCAUCUGGUGAAUUACCACUCAUUGUGGGUCAACCAUCUAAAAAGAAUAAAACAACCAAUGAAAGUGGCUCACAAGAUGAAGAAGGCGAUGGAAAUGAUUCAAAAAAGUUUGAAAUAUUUAUGAGAAAGUUAGGAAAGGACAUUAAAUCAAUCAAGACAAUGAAUGAUUUACAGAACUUUUGCAAUCUUGAUGAUAGAAGCAAGAUUCUGCUCCAACUCUUGAAUCAGUUUAUUGGUAAGGAUGAAUUGCGACAACAACAAACGGAUUCAAGUGAACAUAUAGAUGAUGGAGAUAGGACUCCUUUAUUCAAUACCAAUUUUGAUUUUGAUUAUUUAAAGGAUUACAAUUAUUUUGGAGAAAAGUAG